UGCAUUAGUGAUUAGCCAAUUUCAAUCUUCUAACUCUUCUAUAAGUAGCUUUAAAACAAGUUGCCUCACCCUCUCCUCUUCUUGUCCCGACUUCAAAAACUGCAUCAUAGAACAAUAAACCAUAGCCAAAACAAAAUAAAAACAUCAACUACCAUCAUGGAUAAUCCUUCUGGUUUUCUCCUUGCCGUUCGAUUGGUAUUAAUUACUCUUAUCGUUGCCUUGUCGACCGUUGUCGCAAGUGGUGAGCACCAUUUGAGCUGGAUUCCGCCCGAGUCUGGCUGCAAAGGGUCGAUGGCUGAGUGCAUGGCUGAGGAUGAGUUUGAGAUGGACUCCGGGAUUUUCAGGCGCGUAUUGCAGACCACGCUGUACAUAAGCUAUGGAGCUCUGCAGAGGAACACGGUGCCAUGCUCGCAACGGGGUGCAUCCUACUAUAACUGUCAACCAGGAGCGCAAGCUAAUCCUUACAGUCGAGGCUGCAGUGCCAUUACUCGUUGCCGGGGUUAAGGUUUUUUCUUUCUGUUUCAUUGGUUUCUCUAUUUAUGUCGGUGAAGAAGCUCCCAUGACAUCAUUUGUCCUUUAGUUUGCAGUUUGGAAUUUUACCUUCAAAUUUAAAUAAAAAGGAGGAACAUGUACUCUUCUAACAA